AUGUCGGCUGGCUUUGCGGGCUUCUGCUUGUCGCAGGCAACCCAACUUAGCGACAAGGUAUUAGCGCUGAUCUUCAGUUUUAACAAUCUAAGCGUUGUUAUGCAAACGUUCCAGCGCGUUCGAGAGUACGCCCAGCUGGCACCAGAGAAAGACUGCGUUACCAAGAGCAGUGAGAACGUGCCAGCGAGUUGGCCAAAAACUGGCACCGUAGAAUUGCGGAAUGUCACAGUUCGAUACAAUCCUAAUGGACAAGACAUCCUAAAGAACAUCUCUUUGAGAAUUGAGCCUGGCUCGCGCGUUGCCAUUGUUGGCAGAACCGGCAGCGGGAAAAGCACGCUAAUUUCAUCUCUCCUCGGGUUUACCAAGGUCGUAUCUGGCCAAAUACUUCACGACGGAGUGGAUCUUCAAGCGAUUUCAUACAAGCGCCUGCGACAUUGCAUUUCCACGAUUCCACAAGAGGCACAACUGUUUCAAGGAACUCUUGCCUCUAACCUCGACCCUUCCGAAACUGUUCCAGAAGUAGAACUUCAGGACGCCUUAGAUGUGUGCCAGCGCAUUCUUCGAUCAGCUGACGAGGAGGGGGCGACAGCAACAGGCCUCGCUGAUUCUACGACCAAUGAUGCGUUUACAGAGAGACUCACACUGUCAACCAUGGUGAAGACCAAGGGAGAGAACUUUUCCCACGGCCAGCGGCAGGUACUCUCGCUAUGUCGCGUGCUGAUCCGCCGCUCCAAGCUUGUUCUUCUAGACGAGGCAACGUCAAGCAUGGAUGCACGCACCGACGCUGGUGUGCAAGAAGUACUUCGCACCGAGCUCUCUCGUGCAGGCAGUGAAAACAGGGUCCUUAUAACUGUGGCUCACCGGCUGCAGACGAUCAUGGACUAUGACAGGGUAGUGGUCAUGGGUUCAGGCAGGAUUCUGGAGGUCGGCAGUCCGAACGAUCUAAUGGCCAAGAGGAGUACUUUCUAUGACAUGGUGAUGCAUACUGGGGAAAAACAACUGCCGCCGAAGACUGAUCAGUUGAUUGAUGAGAAGGCCGGUUAG